AUUACAAGCCACAAUGAGCAAAUCAGUGUACCCACAUUCAAAGAUGCGAGACGGCCUUCGCAUGAAUACACAAUGGAGGAAGCAAAUUCAAGCAAGAACACUGGCAUUAAUACUUCUCCACAGUUUGGCGUCUCGGAAGCGAAUCGUCGGCGGUUUCAGAUGGAGUUGGAGUUUAUUCAGUGCUUAGCUAAUCCAUGGACAGAUUUAGCUCAACAAGGCAACUUCGAUGAUCCAACCUUUCUCAACUAUCUUCGGUACUUGAAGUACUGGCAAAAGCCACA